CUGCCAUUGAUGCCGGUGCUUUAAAGCUUUACAAAUUAGCUCCUGUUGAACAAAAGACAAACUUGUUCGACACUCCUAGUUUGCAUGCAAACGAGAUUUCGUUGCCUAAACGUCUUGGUGUUGAUGAUGUAACCUGGAAAAAUUUUAAGAAAAAUGCAACUUCGUCAUCUAGUCUAGAGAAAAUAGUUGAUUUUUCGCUUUCAUCAGUUAAUCUGAUACUUAAUAAUCUUGAAGAUGAAUUCAACAUUUGCUAUAAGCAAUCGACUAUUGCUAAAGCUAAUGGAGUGGAAUUUGAGCUUUCUUUUCCACCAUAUGAUUUUAGAAACGAGGCAGGCCAAUCUUAUUCAAGUCUAUUUAGCGAUAAAGAUAUUUGA